UACUUGCCCAUAUAUGGCUGCCUUCCAUCUACCGAAACUGCUUUUCCAAAAGGUGCCUAAACGACUCAUGCUGCAGGGAAGGGGGAAAGCUCUGAAAAGCUUUUUAGACUACGCUAAAAUGAAAAAGAAAGCUUUAAGGGCCUAUUUGACUCACAAGGACGAACCGUACAUUGAUCCUGGAGUUGAGGAUCUCAGCGGCACGACUCGCAAAUUUAUCUUACCGAGUGACUAUUUUAGUCGAAAUGAAGAAAAUGGUAAAAUUCCGCAGUCGUGUAAGUUUCGAGGGACACUACACCUUGUUCGAAAUGAGUCAGAUGAACGACGAUUGGUGGAGAAUGGUGUAGUCUGUCAAGAUUUCAGGAGUCAAGACGCUCUUGGACUGGAUACAGAAUUUGUGGUGCGUCGGAACGCUUUGCCAACGAUCACUUUGAUUCAAUUGGCCUCAAAUAAAAAUGCCGUUCUAUGGAUUUGUAGUCGGGGAAGCUUUCGCGAAAAACUUCCUCCAUAUUUGUUGUCCCUUUUUCUCGGAAACGUGUUGAAGGUGGGGAAUGACAUUUCUCAAGAUGCAAGCUUGAUUCAGAAUCAAUAUGGAGAGUGUAUAAACAACAUGGUAGACACUUUAAUCUGGGCUAGAGAAAUGAACUGCAACCCAUUGAACUUAAGAGCUUUGUGUGCCAUUUUCCUUAAUGAACGGCUGACAAAAAAUCUUGGAAAGUCUAACUGGUCACAGGAGGAAUUGACUGAAAGGCAAUUAUUGUAUGCUGCCACAGAUGCUUGGGUAUCACUCAGGGUAUACAAAGAAAUGAAAAGGACUGCUUUAGUAAACAGAUUACCUCUUUCUCCACCUCUUGAGUCAACUAUGGAUGUGUUCAAGACACUUCAGUUAAUUAAGUCUGAACGAAGGAAGAGAAAAAAGGAGAGCGAAAGGAGCAAGAAGAAAGCAGGCUUUGAGUGACAGCUCAGGGAAUUAAAGAGAUUAGCAGAGAAUUUCUUCAUCUUGCAAACAUAGCUUUUCAAAGUUCUUUCCAGUAUGGUACAAUUAACAAUACUUAAUGAUAUCUUAAUAAAAGUAUUCUUUAUUGUG